AUGACUUCUCUGAUGCACUGUGGCAUUACUAAAGAUAUCAUCGAGAUGUUUGGUUCGAUGAUCAGUGAAGGAACUGGAAUUGACGAAGUCACUCUUUCUACUGUUCUCAAGGCUUUCUCACUCUCUGUUCCAGCAAAUUUACAUAGCUGCGCGCUUAUACAUUGCUGGUCUAUGAAAUCUGGUUAUGCUUCUGAUGUUGCAGUCUCGUGCUCUCUAAUUGAUGCGUAUUCAAAGAGCGGUCAGAAUGAAGUAUCUCGGAAGGUGUUUAUUGAGCUUGAGUCACCUAACAUCUUCUGCUGGACUUCGAUCAUCAAUGGGUAUGCUAGAAAUGGUAUGGGAAGAGAGUGUCUUGAGAUGCUGAGAGAAAUGGAUCAAAAGAAUCUCAUGCCAGACGAAGUUACAAUCUUGUCUGUACUAUCAGGUUGCAGUCAUUCUGGGCUUGUCGAAGAAGGGGAGCUGAUUUUCGACUCAAUGGAAUCAAGGUACGGAAUUUCUCCAGGAAGGAAACUCUAUGCGUGCAUGGUGGAUUUGCUUGGGCGUGCUGGUUUGGUGGAAAAAGCCGAAAGGCUGCUUCUUCAGGCACAUGGAGAUGCAGACUGCAUCGCAUGGAGCUCAUUACUGCAGAGCUGCAGGAUUCAUAAAAACAAAUCAAUAGGAAGAAGAGCAGCGGAAGUCUUGAUGGAUCUUGAACCCGAGGAUUUCACUGUUUACAUUCAAGUUUCAAAAUUUUACUUUGAGAUCGGUGACUUUGAAUUCUCCAGACAAAUCAGAGAGAUCGCUGCUUCACGAGAGCUCAUGAGGGAGAUCGGUUACAGUUCAGUAAUUGUAAAAAACUGA